AUGGGCAAGUUCUACUCUGGACACAAAGCUGUCCUUGUGAAGAACAUUGACAAUGGCACCCCGGACCAACCUUACAGCUGUGCCCUGGUGGCUGGAACUGAUCGCUAUCCCCAAAAAGUGACAGCUGCCGUGCGCAAGAAGAUGGUCACCAAGUGAUCCGAGAUCAAGUCCUUUGUGAAAGUUUAUGACGACAACCACCUCAUGCCCUUGGACAAGACUGCUGUCCACAAGGAUGUGUUCAGAGACCCAGCUUUGAAACGCAAGGCCAGGCGGGAGGCCAAGGUCAAGUUUGAGGAGCGAUACAAGACAGGGAAGAAAAAAUGGUUUCUCCAGAAGCUUCGCUUUUAAGUA